AGCUUCAAAGGAAUAUCAAACCUUACUGAAAGGCUGUAUACAAAUAAAAAUUCACACGAAAAUGACAUCCCACUUUGAUGAUGAUAUUGCUGCUCUAGUAGUAGACAAUGGAUCAGGAAUGUGUAAAGCAGGUUUUGCUGGUGAUGAUGCACCGCGAGCAGUAUUUCCUGCAUUAACAGGCAGACCCAAAUACCAGGCUGUAAUGGUAGGAAUGGGUAAUAAAGACUGCUAUGUUGGUGAUGAGGCUCAGAGUAAACGAGGAAUGCUAGCUUUACAUUACCCAGUAGAACAUGGUAUUGUUACUAACUGGGACGAUAUGGAGAAAAUUUGGCACCAUACUUUCUAUAAUGAAUUACGAGUAGCUCCCGAGGAACAUCCUGUUUUAUUAACCGAAGCUCCUUUAAAUCCUAAAGCUAACAGAGAAAAAAUGACACAGAUUAUGUUUGAAACAUUCAACACCCCAGCUUUCUAUGUUGGUAUACAAGCUGUAUUAUCAUUAUAUGCCUCUGGUAGAACAACUGGUAUUGUUUAUGAUUCUGGUGAUGGUGUAUCUCAUGUCGUACCUAUAUAUGAAGGUUAUGCCUUACCUCAUGCUAUCAAAAGAGCAGAUUUAGCUGGACGAGAUUUGACUCAUUAUCUACAACGUAUUUUACAUGAACGUGGAUAUAAUUUUACUACUGCUUCUGAGAGUGAAAUUGUGAGAGAUAUUAAAGAGAAGAUAUGUUAUUCAGCUUUGGAUUUUGAAGCUGAAAUGGAAACAGCAGCUAAAUCUUCAAGUUUAGAGAAGAGUUAUGAAUUACCUGAUGGUUCAGUUAUAACUAUUGGUAACGAGAGAUUCCGCUGUCCUGAAAUACUCUUUCAACCUGCUUUUAUAGGAAAGGAAAAUGUCGGCGUUCAUGAAAUGUUGAAUAAUUCUAUAAUGAAUUGUGAUAUUGAUAUUAGACGAGAUUUAUAUAGUAAUAUUGUUCUUUCUGGUGGUUCUACUAUGUUUCCUGGUAUAGCUGACAGAAUGAUGAAAGAAGUAUCGUCAUUGGCUGCUAAUACAAUUAAAUGUAAAGUUAUCGCCCCUCCUGAAAGAAAAUACUCUGUUUGGAUUGGUGGAUCAAUUUUGGCCUCCUUAUCAACAUUUAGUCAAAUGUGGAUUACAAAAGAGGAAUAUGAUGAAUGUGGCCCUGGAAUUGUUCACAGAAAGUGCUUUUAAGGCAAAAUAAGUCUCUUUGGUGUGCAAUGUCAAAUAUUUCGAUUUGAACUUUGAUCACAACUCUUAAGUUAGCCUAGUUUGCUUCAUUGUUUCAAUCGAUUUAAAGCUCUUUUUUAUGUUUUUAUAAAUAGAAAAAUCGUCCGGCAAGAAUAUAUCAAAAUGAUCAACCUCAAUAGUCCUGUUUUAUGAAUGCAUUGAGGUAUCUUUAUGAAAACACUUUAAUCGGAAGUUUAAUUGUGUGAUUUUUUAUAUUAUAUAUCGGUACAUAUAUUGUGUAUAUAAAUUUAUGAAAUAUUUUCACUGUUAUAUAAUAUAUAAUUAUGUUUAUGUUAACAACUGUAGUUCAGUCUACCUGUUGUAACUUACUGUGAUAUAUUUGAUACGAACACGUUAUAUAAUAAUUGUAUUAUAAAUAGAAUAAAUAUAAUAAAAUUACUUGUUAAAAUUUUUU